UACUAACUGUACAAAGAAGUGUUCUUGUGAUACUGCCUAAGUGUAUAUAAAGAUACUUUUAUUUUCUAAAUAAAGUAUGUUUCGACCUGUGAGCCAUGUUUUAUUUGACAUGGAUGGACUUAUAUUAAACACAGAAGAAUUAUACACGAGAGGGUUUGAAAGAGUAGCAUCUCGGUAUGGGAAAAAGUUCACCUUUGAGCUGAAGUGCCAGAUAAUGGGCCAACAGAGCAGGGAAUUCGCAGCAUCCAUUAUUCAGGGGCUCGACUUACCACUAACUGUAGAAGAAUUCUUGGACGAGACACGAGCUAUCUUUAGUGAACUGUUUCCUGCCUGUAAGAUAAUGCCUGGAGUCGAAAAACUCGUUCAUCAUUUACACAAAAAUAAAAUUCCCAUGGGAUUGGCUACAAGUAGCAGCAAAGAAACAUACGAUCUAAAAACGCAAAGACAUCUUGCUUUCUUUGAUUUGCUGACGUACAAAACAUGGGGUUCGUCCGAUCCUCAAGUCAAGUUGGGCAAACCACAUCCGGAUAUAUUUUUAGUGGCAGCAACUAGGUUUCCUGAUAAGCCUGAACCAGAGAAGUGCCUAGUGUUUGAGGACUCUCUGAACGGCGUAAGAGCAGCGCGCGCGGCCGGCAUGCAGGUGGUGAUGGUGCCCGACCCACGGCUGAAUCGAGAUGCUCGUGAAGCUGGCGCCACGCUUACACUGGACUCCAUCGAGGACUUCAGACCUGAACUAUUUAGUUUGCCACCAUACAAUAGUCAUUGUAAGUAG